CACACUGGUUCGGCUUUGUUCUUCGGUUGUCUGUUUUUUAUGUUUACGCUGCUUAUAUCUUAAUUAUUUGUAAGAGGUAUGUCCGAUAAAAGGACUCUGAUAGAUUUAAAUGAUGAAACUAGUGACGAUGAAGAGAUUGCAUCCCCGGGUGCAGUGGGCUAUGCUAAGAAACCGGAGGAGAUAGUGCAUUCCAAUUUGAACGAAGAUGUCCCCCAAACUAGUUCUUCAGUUAUGGGGGUAAACAAUAAUUCGGGGAACUACCUAUUAAACGUAGAGAACGAUCAUCCACCUUUGCCAGUGGAGGAGGAAAAUGCUCAAAUUAACGAAAACAUCACAAAUGGGGAUGCGACGAGUAAUGGUCGAAUCAUACCCGAGUCGGAGCCCAUUUUUCAUCUUCGAUCCCGCACAGCAGCCGCUUCCACGCCCAACUACGAGAGCCUGGACUAUGAAGUUUGCGAAAACGUGCUGUUCCAAGAUGAGCAAAAAAAACGGCUCACCGAAAGAUUCUCGCCUCGCAAGGGCGUCAUACGAUGGAUAAUCUUCAUACAGAUUGGCAUUAUUACAGCAUUAAUCGCCUGUACGAUAGACAUUAUCAUUGAAGAGCUAUCUGAGCUAAAGUACACCUUUCUAAAAAAUUCUGUGGACGAAAAUGUGCCUCUCAGCGACGCCAGUGGUAGGGAUUUGGUGAUCCCCUUUUUGUACUGGAUCCUGUUAAGCGUUGUGCCUGUGGUUAUUGGAGCUGCCAUGGUCACCUACAUUGAGCCCAUUACCGCUGGCAGUGGCAUUCCUCAGGUUAAGAGCUACCUCAAUGGCGUUAAAAUACCCCGAAUUGUCAGGAUUAAAACCCUGGCGGUCAAGGCCAUCGGUGUAAUAACAUCUGUAGUGGGCGGUCUGGCUGGAGGCAAGGAGGGACCCAUGAUACACGCUGGAGCGGUGGUGGCCGCCGGAAUAUCCCAAGGAAAAAGUACAACCUUUGUUAAGGACUUUCGCAUCUUUAAAGCUUUCCGGGACGAUCAUGAAAAGCGAGACUUUGUGCUGGGUGGCGGAGCGGCAGGAGUUUCAGCCGCUUUUGGAGCACCCAUUGGAGGCAUGCUGUUCUCUCUGGAGGAGGCGGCCAGCUUUUGGAACCAGAAUCUCAUUUGGCGCACCCUGGUGGCCUCCAUCAUCAGUGUGUUCACCUUGAACAUCGUGCUCUCGGCCUACCAUGGUCUCAAUGACUUUACGUUUACGGGUCUCUUCAAUUUGGGAAAGUUCGAUCAGCCUCUCAAGUUCGAUUACUUUGAGCUGCCCAUCUUUAUGCUGCUCGGUGUGAUCGGAGGAUUAUUGGGAGCUGCCUGGAACUGUUUGAACACCAAAAUCAAUGCCUUUAGGAAGCGGUUUAUACCUUGGAAAUUUACAAAAAUCAUAGAAGCGGCUGUGGUGGCCAUGUUUGGUGUCACUCUGGCAUGCCUCAUGAUUUAUUUCAUCAAUGAUUGCCGACCCCUCGGUAACGAUCCAACCGUGCAUCCUGUUCAGCUUUUCUGCGAGGACAACGAGUACAAUGCAGUGGCCUCCCUGUGGUUCCAAACGCCUGAGGCCACUGUUCGAUCGCUGUUUCAUGAUCCACCAGGAUCUCAUAAAAUAACCACGCUGACCCUCUUUACGGUUAUAUACUAUGUGUUAUCCUGUGUAACCUUUGGUCUCAAUGUCUCGCUGGGUGUUUUCAUUCCCACCGCUCUGGUGGGAGCAGCUUGGGGCCGUCUUCUGGCCAUGCUGGCUUUCUAUCUUUUCCCACAGGCGAAUUUCCUGCAUCCUGGAAAGUAUGCUCUGAUUGGGGCCGCCGCCAAUUUGGGCGGUGUCCUCCGGAUGACCAUCAGUUUGUCGGUCAUCUUGAUGGAAACGACUGGUGUGGAAACGUCCUUCUUCUUUCCUCUCAUCAUUGCCCUGAUUAGUGCCAAAUGGGUGGGCGACUACUUCAACGAGGGCAUCUACGACACGCAAAUAGAAGUGAACCAUGUACCGAUCCUGCCCUGGGAACCGCUGCCCCAAUACAAGGGACUGACCGCCAGGGAAAUAAUGAGUAGACCCGUGGUCUGCAUCAAGCUAAAGGAUAAAGCUCACUAUAUCUACAAAGUGUUGAAGAAUUGUGAUCACAAUGGUUUUCCGGUGGUGGACAAUGUUCCAGACGUUCGUCGCUCGGAGGGUCGAGUUUGUGGCAUUAUCCUAAGGUCACAGCUAAUUGUUAUUCUAUUAAAGUCUCUGUAUGUGGAAAACAAACAAUUCUGGCUGCCUGAAACAACUAUACAAACGUUUAGAGACGUUUAUCCAAGAUAUCCUUCAAUUAAGAGCGUUCGAAAACUGGGUAGAAAGGAGAACUACACGGUGGACUUGUCAAUGUUUAUGAAUCCAUCGCCAGUUCGCGUUAAUCCCCACGAUUCGGUACCAAGAAUCUUCCAGAUUUUCCGAGCUCUGGGCCUGCGACACCUGCUGGUCAUCAACAAUGAGAAUCGGGUGGCUGGCAUCAUCACCAGGAGGGACUUCAUAUACAAGUGAUUCUUUAGCAUCCAAUGCAGGGUUUUUUUUAAAGUGUCUUUUAAACAAUAAAUAAUUUAUAAAACAUAAAA